CCCCGCUUCCAAAAGCAUGGUUCCCAACUUCUCCCUCUCCAGAUCAAGAACAUUCCUUCACCACACUACCUCACAAUACCCAACACAAAUAUGCCAACCCUCUCAAAGUUCCUGCCCCUCAGGCGACUGCGCAGGCAUAAAGUCACGACUAGCGACGCCGCGCAAACGCCCAAUCUACACAUCAACAACAAUGCGGUCGACGAGCAACCACAAGGCCAGCCCGCCCAAGCACAAGACACUGCGGCAGCACCCAGCCCGGCGGCGGCUGCUGAUACUCCCAUCUCACUAGAAUCGCUGCCACCCGAGCUGCGACAUAACAUCCUCAUCUUGGUCUUGGACAUCCAAGAUCUGAAGGCGUUGGUGCUCGCCUCGCCCGUCUUCCACCAGCAGUACUUGCUCGACCGUAAGGCCUUUCUCGGCCGCGCGCUAAAGGCCUCCCUGGGCAACGUCCUCAUCGAUGCGUAUGCCGUGCGCACCUCGGCUUUGCUUCACGAGCAGCACCCCGCAGACAGGUUGUACCAGCUAGAGGAGACUACGGUCCGUCUCUUCAUGGAUAAUUACGUCGCCUUGCGUUCCGUGUCCCUUAACCAGCUCCUGGCGGAGGUCAUCACCUCCGAGGACGAUCUCGCUGCCAUGGCCAGCUUCUACUGCUCCGUUGCAGGCCCGCUUGUGCAGCAGUUCGCCGCCCUUUUUCUACGCCACCUCGACCCUUCGCUCCCCGUCGGUAGCCUAUCCAGGAUCGAGCGUACGCGUUUGCUCCGCGCGCUCUACCGCUUCCAACUCUAUUGUAACUUGUUUGGUGUCGGGCCUCGGGGAUAUUGCUCACAGCCGCCGCUGGACAUAUCGGAAAUCCUGCCUUUUUUCUUCUGUGUCUUUCGCCCCUGGGAGAUCGAGGAGAUCCAUUGUAUCUAUAUCAUUAUGCGAGAAAAGUACGAGGCCGUGUUUGAUGCCAUUCGGGCCGAUGUCGCCAGGGAUAAUCCGAGAUUCAGCGGUUGGCGCCGGCCUGACACCCCUCCAGGCUCAUUCGACCUCGGUAGUGAAUGUAAGUUGACUUUGAGUCGAGUGGUCUCUUUCCUCUCCGUUUUUUUUUCUGACAACCUGAAAGUCCUCCGCGAAUCUCUCAGACAAGGCACCGCCGCACGAGGCCUGCGAGUCUUCUCCAAGGUGUUACAGACCACCGACCACGAGAAGCUGGUCAAGCGCAUGCAGAAGUAUAUGCGGCUGCAGUGCGUCUUCAUCGAGCCCAUCCUGAACUGGACGAGUCAAGACCUGCGGCGCAGGGAACACCCCUCCGAAGAGGACCGGGCCGAGGCCAGGCGCGAGCGGCUCCCGUUUUUGGGCGACAAGGAAGACGCGCCACCGCUGGCGUGGGUCAUUUUGUGGAGGGGCAAGUAUGUCAAUGAGUACGGCGACGUAAUUGACUACCGCCUCAAGGAAUGGGGUUUUAUUUUCUGGGACUGCCGGCGCUUGAAUGAGAGCGGUGCCAAGCACUAUAUACGGGGUGAACGGAGAUAGGGAGCAGUGGCUGGUUGAGUUUGCAAGGCACGUUAUGCCAGAGUCAACGGCGGAGGCUGCAGGGCGGACCCUGCAGACCAAAUGUAUGUACAUACAAGCCGGACAGUCUCCGAGAACAGAUGCAAUGGUUCAUCAACUCAAUACGCAUGUAUUACCCUUGACCAAGUGUUCCCAACACCAGUUAACUGAAACUGGC